AUGUUGACAACUUGUACAACAAUUUGUAUUGAAGUAAAUGAUGGACUACCAACACAAAUAUGUACAAUGUGUUCAAGUAAAAUUCAGCAAUCAUUUAGUUUUAAACAAGAAAGUGAAAAUUGUGAUCGAAUAUUACGACAAGUUUUAUUACAAGAUAAUUAUCAAGAUGAUAAUAAUGUUAAUAAUAUUAAAUAUGAACUUGAUGAUAUGAAAGAUGAACCAGAGCAGCCUGAUGGGAGCGUGGAUGAUGAUUAUUUAGAUGAUUCAAAUCAAGGAAAUACUGAUUCAAAUCAUGCAAAUACUGAUGAUUCCGAUGAGUUAGACGAUAAUGAUGAUGAUAAAAAUGAUUUAAAAACAGAUACUGAUGAUUUAGAAUUUCCACCAAUACAUGUUGUUGAUACAAAUCAUACAAAUAAAAAAGAUUCAGCAUGGCAAAAAGCAUUACAACUUGGUCCAGAAAAAUGUGACCCCACUACAAAAACAUGUAAAAUAUGUAAUAAAGUUUUAUAUAAUGUACAUUCGUUGGUGAGACAUGUGGAAACUCACGAUGAAAAUCGUAAAUAUGCGAUUGUUUGUACGAUUUGUAAUAAAGGAUUCUAUGAAAAACAACAUAUUAAAAAUCAUAUGUUACGGCAUAAAGGAGCUGCACGAUAUAAAUGUAAAGAAUGUAAAAAACCAUUUUAUGAAUUGAAUGCAUUACGUGUUCAUGUAAAACGUAAACAUUCCACACACACAAUAAAAUGUUCACAAUGUACGGAAGUGUUUAUAUUAGAACAAGAUUUAGAGAUACAUCAACGUAGUGUACAUGAAUGUAAACAAUAUGAAUGUAAACAAUGUGGUAAAACAUUUAAUUAUCGUUAUCGUUUACGUGAACAUCAAGUGAUGCAUACAAAAGAACGUACGUACCAUUGUACAGCAACCAAGGAUUGUUUAAAAUCAUUUAAAAGUAAACAAGUGUUACAUUUACAUUAUAAACGAUGUCAUUCUGGACAAAAGAAACGUGAAGUUUGUAAUGUGUGUGGAAAAUCUGUUAUCAAUUUAAAAUCGGUUAAAAAUGGCUGCACCUUUAGCAAUAAACAUCGAAAAUGGAAAACACCUUUUCAAUUAUAA